AUGGCGGCUAGAGAGUCGGGUAGAGUAAAAGAUGGUGUCAAAAGCAGGGUUCUCGAUGAUGUUACAAGGAAGCGCAGAGCCAGAAAGGCAGUGGAAGCGCUUGAGCAAGACAACUUCCAUGAAGAUCCACAUGCUGAUCUGGUUAUGUCAAAAAAAAUACCAAAGUUUGCUGAUUCCAAUGAGAAACCGACCAGAAAAGGGAAGAAAGCGAGGAGUGCAGAUUAUUAUAAGAUGAGGUUUAGGAAAACUUUUGCUCAGUUGGUUGAGGAAGAUGCUAACUUUAGACCUGAACCUCCUAAUUAUUUGUCUGCACAAGCACCUCCAUCUAAAUUUCCAGACCGCCACUUCUGUGCUGUGUGCGGUUUCCUAUCGAACUAUACUUGCAUUCCGUGCGGGGCGCGAUAUUGCUCGGUCAGAUGUCUAGGCACUCAUUUAGAUACGAGGUGCCUCAAAUGGACUGCAUAAUUUGAUUGUACGUUUCUAGCUUCUAAGAUUCCAAUUACUAAUAAAUAAGUUUGUAACAAUAAAUAAA